UUCAUUGGGCUACUCUGAUUUAAAAGCAGACUACUGGCUUUAUCAAAGCAUGGGCAGAAAUGACCUAACACCGCAAACAAAAUGCUGCUUCUAGCUUCAGCUUUUUUCCUAACACUACUGCAGUGCUCUAAUGCCCCCCAAAACAGCAUUACACCUGCAGACUGUAACACCAUUGAAACAGAUGCAGGAGUGGCCCUGGAUUCAGUCAACAGACAUCGCAGAGAUGGCUAUGGGUUUGGUUUAUUCCGUGUUGCUGAUGCACACAAACUACAUAGAGGAAAUUCAUCAGUUCUCUAUUUAACUUUGGAUGUGCUGCACACUGAAUGCUCUGUAUUAUCCAGAAGACACUGGGAGUCUCGUGAAUACAGUGACACCUAUUGCAUGGACUUUGGGCAAUGUAAGAUUAUCACAUAUACAAGCCAGCUGCUGAAGAAAUCUCAGCUAUAUGGACUUAAUUGUACAUUAAGUCCAGUUCCUCCUGGUUUAUUAGAGUGCAAAGAUUGUCCUGUGAAAGUUGAAGUCUUAGACAUCACCGAGCAACAUAAAAAUAUUGCUGAAAAGGCCCUGGAGAAAUUCAAUGGUGAGGAACACACAAACUACUUCAAAGUGGACAAAGUUGAAAAGAUUUUAGAGAUGACUGCCUCCUGUGAAGGUCACAUUUUAGGAUUCUCUAUAAAAGAGACCAACUGUUCCAAAUCCACACAACAAGCAAAUCAGACAUUGGAAUAUGAUUUUCUGGAUGACUGGCAUGCUCAUGUGCGAUUCUGCAAGGCAAGAAUUAUCAGUGAUCCAGAUGAACCUGAUGGAACAGAUACAAGCUGUGAAAUCUACCAUCCCCGGCAGCAUGACUAUGGGCAAAGAUGCAGAUAUUCAACUCUGGGACAGACACACAGACAUCCCCAUCCCCAUCAACAUUUUGGUCAUGGACUUCGUCACAGACAUCAUCACAGGCACAGAUGUCCACCCUCUUCUCAAUCCAGACAUAAAGACCCUGAGCAUAACCAUAGUUUCAAUGAAGAACAUCAAGACAGACAUGAAGGACCUGCUCCUCCUCCUCCUCACCAUGGUGGACCACAUCACCACCUUCCUCCUCCUCCCCAUGAUGGACCACAUCGUCUUCCCCAAGCAGAACCACAACAUCUCCCUUCUGCUCCUCCUUCCCAUGAUGCACCACAUCAUCCUUCUCCUUCCCAAGAGGAAUUACAUUGUCUUCCUUCUCCUCCCUCCCAUGAUGAAUGAUAUAAUCCUCCUUGUGGUCCCCAUCAUGGACUACACUGUCCUCCCCCUCCUCAUGGACCACAUCACCCCCACCCUCUUCCCCAUCAUAGACCACACUGGCCUUCUCCCCCUCUUCACAGAUGACAUCGCCACCAUCCUCCUCCCCACUGUGGGUGACAUCAUGCUCCUCCUCCAGGACACCCUCCUCAUCUCUAUCAUCACUAUUACAGACAUCACUGCAACAAGACAAGCAUAUCUGGAAAGUACUUUCCAUCCCAAAUAACAGGAGCUGUCUAUCGCAUUCCAACUCUAAAUCAGCCAGAUUCUCUCACACCUCCCACUGCAAAUUUUCCUAAGCUAUUCCAGAACAACCCUCACUUUCCUUUCACUGGCUCAAGUCUAAAGCAGAUGCCAGAAGCUCCUGGUUUUCCAGAUCACACUAAAUAAUCAAAGGCAUGCCCAGGAAACCCCAUACUUGUUCUUCCAAAAAGUUUGCCUUUAUUUCCACAUAGCUCCAUGGCAGAAAAUCCUCCUACAUGACCUCAGAGAAAGAUGUUCCUGGCUUGAGAGUUGCAGGGCCAAUGACAGUUGUACAAUGAAUGAGAACAGCAUGUGGAGAAGGGGAAAAAGCAUAUUUCUAGGGAGGAGAAGCACUGAAAAUAAUGAUUAAGACAAGUAUUCCAACCUGCCUCCUGAUCCCAGCUAUCUCUAACUCCAGUGUAACUGAAAGGCUGAAAAUUCUGAGUCCCUCAGAUAAUGUGAAUGGGUACAAAUCUCCCCAGCAAACAAUGCUCCUUUAGUUCUGACAAAAAGGAAAAUUCCCUAACAGUGAAAACUACCAUCUAAAAUCUUUCAUUUUCUCAUCACUCAUAAUUAUAAUGUACUUCUCUGAGAAAAUCUGACCUAGAGGAAAUUUGACCACCUUCCAUAAAAAAUGAUCCAUGGCACCACAUUCAUGCUUUAUAAAGAUUCAAAGAAAAUAAAAAUAUGUAAGCUUUUUUUUUUUCUUGA